AUGGUAAAGAACAAAAAAGCACAGUCCUCAAAUGAUGAUCAUCCGGUGAAUGAAUUAUUGGAUGAGCUCAAUCCCCACAAACUUCCUCAGGCAAUAGAUGAGCCCCACAUUGAUGCAGAAUCAUCUCAGACUGAACCCUGUACUUCAGACUCUGUGCAGGAUUCAUCUGAAUAUAUUGGACCUUUUCUGUUGGAUCCUUUCUUUCCAAGUUUUUUAGACUCUUUGGAAGAGGAAGAAGACUGUGAAAAUACUACUGAUGUUACAACUCCUCCAGCUUUGCAGUUUAUCAAUGGCAAACCACAAGUGACAAGUGCACCUAAAAGCACAAAAGCUGAGGAAGCCAGAAGUGACCAAAUUGAAAGUGUUGCACAUUCCAAAAAUGUAACCUUUUCACAAAUCAAUGAAACAAAUACAUUUAUAAUAUCUGAAAGUGAUGCUUCUGAUACAAGGCAAUCGGGCAAAGCUGGAGAAGUAACAGGGGUGUUUGAAGUUACACAGCCGACAGCAGAUGUUGCAAUGUUAGAACCUGUAUAUAGUGGUGAGUCAGAAAUUGCCACAACAGAUAAAUCAGUAGAGAUUACUUCUUCAUAUGACCAUUCUCUACAAAAAGGUAAAUCGACUGUAACAUGGCACAGAAUGGAUAAGACUUCUACUGAAGACACAAAAAACUUGCUCUUGGUUACAAGUGAAUCAUCUGGAGAUGGCUCUACUGAAUCUGAUUUGUCUAAUUCUAUAUUCUCAGAAACAGUAAGAAUAUCAAGAAAGGAAGAUGAUGAAAAAGAAAUAGGUAUAACUUCUGCUCCUAAUGCAGUUACAGUGGAAAGUUCUGCUGUAACUUCUCCAUUAGAUGCAGUUUUUGAUACUGCUACUGUUCGCAUAGCUGUGAAGGACCUUAAUCCUGAAGAGGUUACCUCUGUUCCAGGAGAUCGUUAUAAAUCAACUGUUAAACUUGAUGCACAGUCCUCAGUUGAAGGUGUUCUGGAAAUGAGAAGUCAUACAGAAAGGCCCAAGAUAAGUGCUUCUUCAUUUAUAGUUACUGAAGGCUCAGGAGAUGUAGAAGAAGAAAUCACUAUCGCUUCAGCAAUGACAAUAGAAACAGCAGUAACUGAAAGUCUUUCUAUGAAAGAUAUUUCUUUGGGCUCUGGCACAAUACUGCCAACAAAAAAGUCUGUAACAGUUUUGGGAAUCGCCUCCUCUUCGGCUAGAGGCACAACCAGUCCUCCUUCUGCUUUUGAUCAAAAUUCUGGAGUAACUGUUCCCACAAAGUAUGUACCUGAGUUUAUUACAGAAAAAGUAGUUGUGAGCUCUAUAUUAACUGUAAAUAAAACUGAAGAUGAAAAAGAAAUACCUACCACUGCUUAUUCAGCUAAGAAAAAUUCAGCUUCUGUUGUUGAGGGAAAAUCAGAGUUGAAUGAAAUUGAAAGCACUACUAAUGAUGUCAGAACUCUAAGUCAGGAGCCCACCACUUUCAGAGAAACAGUACCAGGCACAAAUAUUGUACAUUCACAAAUUAAAAAUGUUACUACCAUUCCUCUCAUGAAAGAGAAGAGGCCUUUCAUAAGUGAAGGAUCAGCAGAAGAACCAGCUGACAUAUUUUCAGGGGGUCCCACAAGAAAAGUGGUAAGUACUGACUCCCCACUUAUUGAUCCAGGUUCUGGAGAUAUAGAUAAUAUCAUUGAGUCUGCUACUUUGACUUCAGUUUCACCAAGGUUUAUAGCUGAAACACAAACAGAAAAGCAGGAAGGAAAUGUUUACAGCAUAGAUGCUUCAUUGAAGAGCACAACUUCAGAAUAUGAAGAACGUACAAGAAGUGAUAAAUUAGCAGUAUCAGUUUUAAGUACUGGGUCAGAUGACUUGAUGAAGGAAGCUGACGUAGCAAGUCAGAUGUCCCAGAAUAUUUUUAGUACAGGAAAUCCAGGAGAACUAAAACAGGAAGCAGAAGCAACUUAUACAGUGCCUUCUCAGGAAAAAUCUAGUCCUGGUUCUAGAGAAGAGGUGACAUCUCAUGUUACAUCAGGAGAUCAACCUGAAUAUUUACAAAUGGGUGAGGUCACAUCGUCUCCAGAAUAUGUGGUUAAGAACAACCCCCCUGGAAUCACGGUGACGCAUGGUAUUGGCAGUAUAAAAGCAGUAGCUGAAUCUACAGAAAGCAAAAAUGAAAAAGAUGGUUCUUCAACUGUCUCUUUAGGCAAAAUUUUCCUAAUGGAACUUGGCUCUGGAGAAGAAUUUAAAGGUGACAGCAGCAUCUCAAAACUAAUAUCUAAUGGACGUGCUGAAAAAAUAGUUGUAACUAAUUUCUUAUUUACUGAUCAAGGAUCAGGAGAAGCAGAGGCUGUCACUGAAUCAUCUGCAAAGAUAACAACUUCACCAACUAGCAGAGCAGAAAUACAGGAGAAUUAUGACAAAGAAGUGGUAAGGAUAUCAUCUGUAGAUUAUGCCUUCCCUACUCAACCUGUUACAAGUACUGAACAUGAAGUAACUACACUGAAAAUUGUAACAGGCAUAAAAAUGGAAGAGAAUGUGUCAGUUGAUGAAGUGAUGACAAGAGAUUUUAUUACACAUUUUCCUUUGGAGAAAGACACACAUUCUGGGGAGAAUAGGCUAAUCUCAUCAAAAGCUACAGAAUCUUCUGAAGAAACAACAGAGGACCCAUUCUUUAAAAGUACACAGUCUAAACUUGAAUAUCCAGGAUUUUUAAAUGUUCCCACAGUAAGGCCAUUUUCAGGAGAAAAUAAGUUAGAAACUGAAUCUGUUAAAAAUAUAUUUUUGCCAUUUCAUGAGGAUAGAGUAACUGAGCCUGUAAAGUUUGAAAGCAAAUAUAUAAGCUCUUCGGUUACAGGUACAGAAGGAGAAAAUUAUUUUGGACAAGAGGUUUUCCCUACUGAGGAUAUUCCCAGGUCACUCCUGACACCUAAAGAAGACAAGCUAACAAAUAAUGAGAUCACUAAUGACCUGUUAAUUUCAGGAGAAGGAUCAGGAGGUGACCUUACUGUUAGUCCUUCUAUAGUGCCACUGGCUGUCAAAGACAUCACAAGUACUUUAAGUCCCCAAACUUUUCAUUCUGCAAAUGUGGGAUCCAAACUUUCAACUGACAUGACACAAGACUUUGAAACAGUUAGCACUGAAUCAAACACUGAAGUUAAGGAAGAAGUUACAAGUGCUGCAGAAGAAUUGAUUUUAGAAUCACCAAACUCAAUAACCACCAGUUCCCCAGCUUUAACCAAAGCGAGUUCCAAGAGCUUUGGCACUAAAGACGUGAAAGAAGUGAAACAGUAUUUUAUUGUGAGUGAAGAACCUCAUACUAAAGAAACUAACUAUAAGAGAGAAGCAAAUGAAACAUAUAGGACAACGACUACUUCCAGAGCUGUUUCUCAAGAGGAAAUUCAACAUUUGCUUAUUAGAGAUAGUGUAACUCCCCCUUCUGUAGUAAUCAGUGGAACUCCUAGUCUUGAAAUAGAAGAAUCACUCAUAACAUCAACAUUAAAAAGACCAAGCAGACUAUUACCUGAAAGCUCUGGAGAAGGAUCUGGUUGGGUUGAUGUUUCAGUUUCAUCUUCCCCGGAUACAUUUACCCACUUGUCAACUCCCCCCAUGGCAAAAGUAGAACUAAAUCCUUUAUCUAGUGUUCCUGCAGAAGUUUAUUCUGAAGUUACAGCAACAGAGGCAUCAAUAUCACAGAUUGCGAUCACUGGAUUAUCAUUCUUCUCCACAGAAGAAAAAGAGACAGUGACAAAUCUGACUUCUGUUCAGUCAAGGACAGCUACAUCAGAAGAAGUAACAAGUGAUAAUGGUAUAUAUGAGAAGAACAUUCCAGUGUUUGAUGAUAAAAGAUAUGUACAGAAUGUUUCAGUUUAUGGUGAUAUUACACUAAUUGAAGAUCGACUUGAAAUCAUCCCAGAAAAAUCAAAAAUUAUAGACAUGGAUCACUCCACAUCAAUGCCUGAAGAUAUAAUAAGCGUGCAGACAGUGGCAAACCGUGCCAUACAACCAACAUAUAGCAGUGAUGUUAACAUGAAAGUUGAAAUGGAGAAAUAUGAUUCAACAUCUAAUUUUGACUUACACAAAGAAAAGUCACUUGAGUCUGGUGAUAAUCUUUCCUUGACUACUUCCAGUCAGCCAAUAAAUAGUGAAUCGACAAUAGCUGAGCACAGACUAAAAUCAAAUGACAAGGAUGUGGGUUCAGGCGAUGCCAUGGAGUUUACAACAGAAACUUUCAGCACUACUGAACUCUCUAAACUAGACGUUUUCCUUCCAACUGUACCAUCACUAGCAAGCCCUCAUGUACCUCAUGAAUCUAAAGUCACUGAAUUUGUGACUAAACAUGUCACACUGGCAAGCACAAUGGAAGACACUUAUGAGCUGAAUAUUUCAGCAAACAACCAAGUAAUAGCAGAUCAAAGUGAAACCAUUUCCAUCUCUGGUAUUUCUGGAAUGGGCCAAAAAGAACUAGAUCAUAAGAAACCUGUGGUUCCUUCCCUUAGACCAGAUUUGAUUACGGAGACAGAACAAACUUUGACAACCAACAUGUUUGAUGUAAGUAUUGCCACCACACAGCAUACCUCCCCCUACAUAACGGUGUCAUCUAGCAAGGAUGAAGAAGAGCCCUCUACAGUUUAUAUAGCCACAGAAAAAACAUCAACAGAAUCAGAAGAAACAGAUUUUUAUUCGGUACCUCAAACUCCUAAAUCCUCAGUAACUGUUCAGUUAGUUAAUGGAGUAUCUGAAUAUCCCGAAGUUGUCAUUCCAAGUACUUUGUCAUCAGAGGAUUCAGAUCAGUCCAACUAUUCAUCAGAACAAACCUUCAAAGAGGUUAAUUCUGAUAUUGCAGCAACAUAUAAACCACUUAUUACAGAAUUUUCUGAAAAAACAAAGUCUCUACCACAGUUUUCUCCUGAACCUGAAUCAGAAAGCACAACUACAGAAAGUAUUCCUCAUUUUAGUAGAUUUGUAACAGACAAGAGAGAGGAGACAGAGACUUCUGUAACUGAUCUGGUUGUUAUGGAAGAAACUACUGUUUCUGGAGAUUCUCCAUCAAUACCUGUCUUCCCUACUGCUUUUUUGAGUUUUAGAGAAACAAAAGCGCAAAGCACAGUUGUUCCCAAAGUUAGCACAACUGAAGUUGAAACUUCUUCAGGGAGAGUGAAAGAUCCUAGUCAAGAAGAUGACAGCAGUAACAAGAAAGAAAUUCCAUGGCUUUUUUCCACACCUGUUUUGGUUUCUCCUGAUAGUGUUGGAGGUAGAGGAUUUACAUCUGAAUGGGAGGCAGUUACAAUGUUAACUUCAUCUUCAAAACCUCUGCAAAGAAGCAUGGAAACAAAAUCAGCUUUCUUUGUGCAAGAGGAUAGCACAACAAUUUCUUCUAACAUUGCAACAACCAACAGAGCCCCUGGAAAGAGUCCUUAUCAAAAUAAACAGACAACAAUAAGUUCUGAGGAGUUAAACAAUGCUGAACUUGUAACUUCAUCAUUUUCCCUUCCUGAAGUCACUAAUGGAUCAGAUUUCCAGAUUGGCAGCAGUGUGGGUUCAGUUGAAGGCACAGCAGUGCAAAUACCAGGCCAAGAUCCAUGCAAAAGCAAUCCCUGCCUAAAUGGUGGUACCUGCUAUCCGCGUGGUUCAUUUUACAUCUGUACAUGUUUGCCGGGUUUCAGUGGGGAGCAAUGUGAAUUAGAUAUUGAUGAAUGCCAGUCUAACCCAUGCCGGAAUGGAGCAACAUGUAUAGACGGCCUCAAUACAUUUACUUGUGUCUGUCUGCCAAGCUACAUAGGUACUCUCUGUGAACAAGACACAGAGACAUGUGAUUAUGGCUGGCACAAGUUCCAGGGACAGUGCUACAAAUACUUUGCCCAUCGUCGUACAUGGGAUACAGCUGAACGAGAAUGCCGUCUUCAGGGAGCGCACCUGACAAGCAUCUUGUCCCACGAAGAGCAGAUCUUUGUGAACCGUAUUGGGCAUGACUACCAGUGGAUUGGCCUCAAUGACAAGAUGUUUGAGCGUGAUUUCCGCUGGACUGAUGGUAGCCCGCUGCAAUAUGAGAACUGGCGACCAAACCAGCCAGACAGCUUCUUUUCUUCUGGAGAAGACUGUGUUGUUAUAAUAUGGCAUGAGAAUGGGCAGUGGAAUGAUGUACCAUGCAAUUAUCACCUUACCUAUACCUGCAAGAAAGGAACAGUUGCCUGUGGUCAGCCUCCUGUUGUGGAAAAUGCCAAGACCUUUGGAAAGAUGAAACCUCGUUAUGAGAUCAACUCCCUUAUUAGAUAUCACUGCAAAGAUGGUUUCAUCCAGCGUCAUAUUCCAACUAUCCGGUGUCAAGGGAAUGGAAGAUGGGAUAUGCCUAAAAUUACUUGCAUGAAUCCGUCCACAUACCAAAGGACUUACUCGAAGAAAUAUUACUAUAAACAUUCUUCAUCAGGAAAAGGAACACCAUUAAAUUCAUCAAAACACUAUCAUCGCUGGAUCAGGACGUGGCAGGACUCAAGGCGCUGAAUGUUAGGUGGUGAAUAGGGAUUUCCACCAUUUCAGCCAAAGUCCUAACUUUCUGUGCCUUUUCUAUCACUUAUGGGGGUAUUAUCAAAUUGUUUUGAAACUACAGACUCCGGUAUUCACAGUGCAUUUUGCAAAAACAUGGCAUUUAUCAGAAAAUUCAAAUAAAAAAAUUAAAAAAAUAUUUAGCGGAGUACUUGUGGAGAGGAGAGGAGAGGAAACCAUUUCCAGCCUAUACGGACUAUUAGUUUUCUAUAUGCCAGCUGUGUGGACAAUUUUAUGAUGUACACCAGCCUACUGCAAUAUUUAAACAGCGCAAUUUUAGCACCAAUGAAAAUGUAAAUAAGAUGAUUUUAAUUGUUCAGUUGUGUGUUUUUAAAAUCCUGUAUAUAAAAUGAAAAGUCACACUAAGUUCAGGCAUAUUUAAGGUUAGAAUGGCCUCAGAGGUCUUCAGUCAUUUAUGACAUUGUUUCUGUGUCAUUCACCUAGGCUGGAAAUGGUUGAAAAAACUUCAUUGACUGAGAUUUGCUGUUACCAGAUCAACAUAAAUACACAAAUUACAUUACUUUUUUUUUUUUUUUUUUUAAAGGGGAUCUGUGCCGUUUACAAUCCAGGGUACAAUUUGUGUCUAUUUGAUACAAAGUUUAGACACAGCACAUAAAGUGGGGAUGAAACAUGAACUAGGGACUGCAAUGUGGAACUUUUUUCUGCUCUCCAUUGCAGCUUCAUCAUUCAUGAAAAAGGAGUGCAUGGAGGACUUGUAUAUGACAAGGAGGGCCUGUAAAAAUCCAAGUGCUAAUACAUAAACUUUAUCAACCAGGGCCACUUUUUUGAAAAAAAAUAAAAGAAAAAAAAACAACUACUUUCACAACAUUAACCACAAGGUCUAAAUUACAGGUCUCUGCAUUCUAAAAUGGAGCUAGACCUAGUGCUUGAGGAUUUUUUUUUGUAAAAAACAAGCAAAAAUCAAAAAAGUAAAUAAUUUUGUAUAUAUAACCAUUUUUUAAUCUUUUUAUAAAGUAAUGAAUGUUUGUGUAUGAAUGCUGCAGCUGUGAAGCGUACAUAAAUAAAUGAAGUAAGCCA